CCUCCCCUCCCCUCCCUUCCAUUAAAUCACCUCCCCUCCCCUCCCCUCCUUUGAACCAAACAUAGCAACUUACCCCCACCCUUUCUUCUUCACCGUCGUCUCCUAGAUUCCCACUUCAUCCUCCCCCUUUUCUUAUUAUUUCUCCCCUUUUUAUCUUCUCUAUGAAAUGACAACUCCAGCGUUGAAGCACAAUUUAUUGCCUCCAGGACUGGUCUCUAAUCUUCAGCAGGUCCUAUCGAGCCGCAGCAAGCCCGCCGGCGACGGCGUUGCGCCCAAGCCCGAUACAGGGGACGAUGACUUGGCCACGCGAUCGUCUUCGCGGGUUGGUCCCGGCGGCGAGAUUGAUUCCAGGCCGAUAAUUUUGGUUACGAGCAGUGAUGGGAUUGAGUCGCCUGGGCUUUCGUGCUUGGUUGAUGCUCUCGUUCGCGAAGGCGCUUACAAUGUCCACGUCGUUGCCCCUCAAUCGGAUAAGUCUAUGUCUGGGCAUUCAGUGUCGUUGAAGGAAACAGUUGAGGUGGUUUCAGCUGAAUUUAUCGGUGCCAUUGCUUAUGAAAUUUCUGGAACUCCAGUAGAUUGUGUGUCGUUAGCUUUGUCUGGUGCACUGUUUUCAUGGUCGAAGCCUCUAUUGGUAAUAAGUGGUAUCAACAAAGGCUCAAGCUGUGGUCACCAUAUGUUUUAUUCGGGUGUUGUUGCUGGAGCCAGGGAAGCCCUUAUAAAUGGCGUGCCAUCCAUAGCGAUAUCACUAGACUGGAAAAAGGAUGGAAGUCAAGAAAGUGACUUCAAGGAUGCUGUUACUGUGUGUUUACCUAUCAUAAAUGCGGCCAUAAGAGAUAUAGAGCAGGGAGCUUUCCCCAAAGGUUUCUCGUUGGACAUAGAAGUCCCAGCAUCACCCUUGACCAACAAGGGAAUAAAGAUUACAAAGAGAAGCUGUUGGAGGUCAACUCUUUGCUGGCAAGCCAUUUCGGGCACUAGGAAUCUAGCGGCUGCACGUUUUGGGGGCGGUCAGCCAGGCAUUGGCUUGCAGUUUGCCCAGCUUGGUCGUGAUGCAUCUGCUGCUGGUGCCGCUCGACGUUUGGCUACUCAAAAGAAAAAUAUUGAGGUUGUUGAAUCAGUUGGGGCUGUUGGGAGAUCUGAUUGUAAAAGGACGACCAAGUAUUUCCGUGCAGAGAUGCUUGACAAGGAACAAGAUGAAGAUGAUGAGGAUCUCGACUUUAGAGCUCUUGAAAAUGGCUUUGUCUCAGUUACUCCAUUCUCACCCUCAGUGAUAGAUUCUGAGAUUGAGACUGCAGCUUCGAUUUGGAUUUCGACUUUUCUGUCAACUGAAAACUAAGAGAACUUGCCGCAGAUAGAAUGAGUAAUUAACGUGUACAUUAUUGCAAUUGAAGCCGCAAAAGCUUGGUAAUGCCUGCACCAUUUUCUUUUUGUGCUCACGAGGCCGUGUUUUUAGAUAUAUUUACCUGAAAUUCCUGCUAUUUAGUUUCACCUUAUGCUCUUACCGUGUGCCGAAGCAAAUGCUUCGCCUAUUAACUUAUGUUUUGGGCAAUGUGUAGAUUUUGCCCGUUUCUCAUUAGUGAUAUGAAUAUUUUUUUAACAUCUAUUUGUGUGUGUGUGUGUGUGUGUAAACUUAGUUUUUCUCAAUUAAGUUUUGUGGUUUGGUUGGUUGUAUUUUUACUGGUGUAAUGACUAAUAUUUUUCCUUUUUUGCCAGUGUUUAUUAUGCUGAAAGUUUGUUUAGUUUUUGAUUUGUAAUAUGUUGGAUGCUUGUCAUAUUAUUCUCUCUUUUAUUGUUUUUUUAACUUUUUGAACUAAAUAUUUGAUAAUUUUCUCUAUAAAAUUAUCAAUUUACUUUGCGGGCUUACUUUUUUGGAGCUACGACCCACUUGUUUUCACUCAGAUUUAAAGUAUACAUGUAUGGUAAACAUCAUAAGUUAGUUUAUAACUUUGUUUAUUAGCGUAUAAACCUUCAAUAUUCACAUAAGUUCAGUUUAG